UGGCGGUGAAUGUUAUUGUGGUGAGGACGCGCCGAGCUCUGAUCGCUGAAGAGACUUUUCUAGAAGACAGAGCAGCGUGUAAAGUAAAUUAUUGUGGAAGAUGCCGUACGCCAACCAGCCGACGGUGAAAAUCACAGAGCUGACGGACGAAAAUGUGAAGUUUGUGAUCGAGAACACGGACCUGGCGGUGGCCAACUCCAUCAGGCGAGUGUUUAUGUCCGAGGUUCCAACUAUCGCAAUCGACUGGGUUCAGAUUGACGCCAAUUCUUCGGUUCUCCAUGACGAGUUCAUCGCGCACAGAGUGGGACUCAUACCGCUGACCAGCGAUGACAUCGUAGACAAAAUGCAGUACUCAAGGGACUGCACAUGUGACGAUUUCUGUCCAGAAUGUUCAGUCGAACUCACACUGGAUGUGAGAUGCACGGAAGAUCAGACGCGUCACGUGACCUCGCGGGAUCUGCUGUCCAAUAACCCUCGAGUUAUUCCUGUGACGUCCAGAAGCCGAGAUAACGACCCCAACGACUACGUAGAGCAGGAUGACAUUCUGCUGGUAAAGCUCCGAAAGGGUCAGGAGCUCCGAUUGCGAGCGUACGCCAAGAAGGGCUUUGGUAAAGAACACGCCAAGUGGAACCCGACAGCGGGUGUGGCCUUCGAGUACGACCCAGAUAACGCACUGAGACACACAGUGUACCCCCGUCCUGAAGAAUGGCCAAAGAGCGAGUACUCCGAGCUUGAGGAGGAAGAAGUGCAAGCUCCAUACGACCCUAACGGCAAACCGGAGCGGUUUUAUUAUAAUGUAGAGUCGUGCGGUUCUCUCCGGCCCGAGACGAUCGUGAUGUCUGCGCUCGCUGUGCUCAAGAAGAAACUGAGCGACCUGCAGACGCAGCUAAGCCACGAGAUCCAGAGUGACGUCCUUACCAUCAAUUAAGGGGGAGAGUUUGAUUUUUUUUUUUUUUUUUUUUUUUUUUUGUGUGUGUGUAGAGAGAUGUACAGCAGGGAGUGGGUUUAUAUUUUUUUUUUACCUUGUUGGAUGUUGAUUGUGGGGAUGAACCCACAAAUAAAUAAUCUUGAUAAAUGCAAAA